AUGCCAUCUCCCGAGCGAUUGGUGAAGCGAGAGUCUAGGACAAGAGGUGCAGCGCGUAGGCAAGUUAAUGUAGACUCUUUUGAGGUGAAACCGCUACAGAAUUAUGAGCGGUCGAGGGUGCUGAUUGAAGGGUACAAGCCGAAGCUGUUGAAAUCGGCGCUAGUGAACGACCACGACCUUGACACGUUACCUAGGUUGAGAAGACCAAGCUCAAUACUUCCCAGGCAUGAUUCACGCGGGCCGGAGAUCAAGCUGGAGGAACCAGGCGUCAUUGAGACCCCUAGGAAGCAACUAACCAGUAGAAGUGCAUCGCGGUACGGCGGGACCCACGAUAGAAGCGACGCAGACGACGACUUUGAUCACGAGGACGACUUAUUUGUAGAUGAGCCGGAGCCCGAGGCUUCCCCCAUCAUCACACCAAGACGGUCUAAGAGGAUCUUAGACAGGCUCACCACCAGGUCAAACAAAUUGAACAAAUUGUUUACACAGGCGAAAGCGUCCAGACCUCUCCGGAGCAGAGAAUCAGAAAAGAAGGCCGAGACUACCGUGCAGAAGAGGGCACCGGCUGCACGCAAGGCAGUGCCGAAAGUAGUGAAACCCAAAGUCGCCCAGAAGGCUGCAGAACUGCCAGUGACAGUGCCCAGGUUGCUUGAAAAAUCAGUUCUGAAGUCAGUCCCAAGGUCUAAGGCGAAGUCCGUCGACAAGAGGACCAAGCCCGCUGCCACGGUCCCUAAAAGGGCCGUUUCGCUAACCAAGUCGAGGCAAGCUGAAAGACAGAAGCCUUUAUAUGUAGACUUGGAAAGGGUACGAGUAUCAUCGAAAAGGAGAAAGUUGUUCAGCAGCAGCUCCGACAGCAAGCCCACCACAAUCGAUGUUCUCCAGUACCUUGUAAAGACGUUUGAGCCUCCGGCUACCCCCAGUGCCAGUUUGAAUGAAGACGUUGUGAACGAGACUUUCAAGUCCCACGUUCUCUACCACCUAGGUACCCUCAUUGACACUCACGCAAGUAUCGGGAACCUCACGCAGGAGAUUAUUAAAGUGCAGAAGAAGAAGGACGAAAUGAGAAAUCGCAUCUACGAGCUUAGACAUAACCAUUCCACGGUCGGCAACGAGAUGAAUGAGUUGCGGGCGGAGUACCAGAAAACCAAGCUACAGUUCGAGAACAUGAACCAGUUGGACAGGAAACUAAGUGAUUUGAGGAACCAAGAAGAUACUGAACAGGGCCAAACCAGCUUAAGUGAUGCUGUGACCAUGGAUUUGUUAUCAGUCGAUCAGAUUGUUAAUCCAGUUCAUGGGAUAUUCCAGAAGUUCGUCACCAUUAACGAGAAAUUGGCCGAGCUAGACCAACAAACCGUGUAG